AUGGCUUCCGACGCCGAGGCGCAGGAGGCGCAAGCGGCUCAGGAGGCAGCCGACGAGGAAGACUUGAGGAUCUUCGAGACGCUCUGCAUCUCCUCGCCCCGGAAGGUGGGCCCAGAUGACGCUAUGACUCACGAUCUGACGACCACUCUGAGAAGCGAGCUGGCGGUCCUCGAGUACAAGCGAGACAGAUUGAUGUCCGAGCUGCAAGAGAUGAAGAGCGUCGUGAGGUCGCGGGACCAGAGGGUGGUGGAGCUGCAAGUGGAGGCUGAUCAGCUCCGCGAGCAAGCGGCCAGGCAGAAUGCCGUGGUCUCCAGCCUCAAGAAACGCAUUCAGGAAUUGGAGGAGAGGGAGAGGAAUCUAUACGCGAGCCAGGGCAGAAGCGAGAUCACGAUUCAAGGCUUGCAACGUGACGUCAAGUAUCACGAGGAGAAGAUCCGGGAGUACGAGAAGAAAAUCCGACAGCUGGAGCACAAUAUCUCGGAGGAGGUCCAAUUAAAGGAGCGCGCACGUCUGAACUUGCAGGAUUUCGUACGGAGAUUGGCGCACGCAUUGAACGUCGAGUACAGCGAGACGCCGCACAGCCUCGAGACGGUGAUUCACAAGGCCGGGGAGCUCGUGCAAGAGGUGAAUCGACUGCGCACCAAGAGCUCGAACGUCGAGACGCAGUUGACGGAGGUCGAGGUGGAUUUCAGGACGUGCCGGGACGCCCUGGAUCGCGCGAGCGCGGAGAAGGAUCAACUGCAGAGACAGGUGUCCGGUCAACUGGUCGAUCUGGACCGGUUGCGCCAGGAGAAAGAGUGCCUGGAGAUGCAGUACAGGGUCAUGGAAAGGGACAUGAACGAUUUGAGAGACAAGCUUGUGAACGCGAACAGAAGCUUAAGCAGCGCGACGGGGAACAUUUCCAAUCAGGAAGCGUUGAUCUGCCAAUUACGAGAAGACCUGAAGGCCCGCGAGGAGAAGACGCAACGUUUGCAAAACGAGUUGCGCCACCUCCUGGAGUCCUUGGCGAUCCUCGUCAGUACACCGAGCCGAUUCGUCGAGUCUCACGAGAACGCGAUCAAGGAUCGUAUUCGGGAGAUUCUAGCGGACAACAAAGAUCAAACUCUAAAAAUUCAGAGCCUCCGGGAGAAGGUGAAUUCGGCGACGGAGUCGACGAAUCGGCAGAGCGAGUUGGUCGAAUCCACGAUGAUGAAAGCGCGCAGUUUGGAAGAAGAGCGCGCCGGUUUGGAAGCUAAAAUACACAAGUUGGAAUCCGAGCUCACGAGCAGCGAACUCUCGAGAGAGUCUUUACGCAGGGAUAAGCAGACGUUCAUAACUUUCCUGGAUCGGUUGGGCAAGGCGAUGCAAAUGGACGAGAUCUCCCAGGAGAUCGGGAUCGACCUUCACACCGAAUCACUGUUGGUGCGAGCCGAGCAACUGGCCAGGUUGGAAACCGACAAGCUGGUCGACAAGUAUUUGUGCAGCUAUACGACCCUACCGAGGAUUCGGCGCGAGCGAUCGUUCCACGAGCUCCCCUGUCUCAAAGAAACCUCCGUGGUGUAUCAGCUACAACGACGAGUACGAACUUUGCGGGAGCAACUGCAACGAAGGGACCUGCACUUGGAUCUCCUGCGUAGAAAAUUAUCUCUACAGGAGGAUAGUGUGAGGAUGAAGUCACUGUUGCAGAGUGAACGGGACGAGGCGAAUAUUCGCGCGAAGAAGUUGGUGAAACAGGUCGAGCGACUGCAGGUCCAAUUGUCGGAGGAAAAGUCGCGGAAUCGGGAGUUGAGCGCACAAUUGACGGAAGCGGCGGAUUACAAGAUAGCCGCGCUGGAACGCAGCCGGAAAAUAGAGGAGCUCCAGAAGCGUCUCGUGGAGAGCGAGAUGCUGCGGACGCGUUACAACAGAAAGUUGACGAUGGUGAAGGAGCAGAUGAGGACGACCGCGGAGACGGCCGAUCAGGAGAGAUCGAUCAACGACCAUUCCUUGCAGCUACUCCGCGACGAGCUCGCUCAGGUCAAACAAAACCUCUCCGAGGUCACGAGAAGAGAAUCCCAGCUUCAGAGCUUCCGUGUCUCCGUGGCGAAGUUAUUGUCAGAGCCAAUCUGCACGCCCGAUUACGAGAUCAUUUCGCGGCUGCAGAAAAUGGUCGCGGCUCAUCGCGAUUUUACGAUGCUCUCCCGCAGAUACGACGAACCUUUGGAAACGAGCCCCUCGAGAUGCACCAGCAUUCAUCCGGUCCAUCCGCCGAGAUCUCCCGGUUCACGUUGCACCCGUUACGAGGACAGCGGAUUCGCGGACCCGCCGGACCUGCAUGACAUCGACGACGAUUACAGUAAGAGACCGGUGAGGAGCAGCCUUCUUCCGUGACACCGGCCAAGGUUCAAGUUCUAAGCGCGUUCCCUUGAGAGAGAUCGCACGAUUUACACGGUUAAAAUCCACUUCUGACCGAAUCGGAAGCUCGAGUCCUGACCCGGCCGAACGGAGGGAAACUAUUUCGCGCGCGCGCAAACGGUAAAGCGUUACGUUUACUUCGCGUAAACGAGCGGCUUUUACUGAAAGUGAAGAGGACCAUUCGCUUAUCUCAGCAUCGCAGCAUCGCAAAUCGACCCGUGGCACACCAUAAGAUCGCUCGUGUGCCGAUCGAGCGAUCGAAUGGCUGGCCCCGCGACACCGAUCCCGGGAUAUGCGGAAUAAGCAUAGGGAAAUAUCGAAGCAUCGAUCCGUGUUAUUACAGGGGAACGGAGGAGGAAAUCGUUCCGGCCCGUUCGUGUGAAAUCGCAAUUUUGCGCUAAUUGUCCGGCGAGCGUGAGAAAUUUCUAACGGAUCGCGCGGAAGCGAGAUGAUGCACGUUGUGAGACAUACACUGCCUCGGACGAAAACUGUCGGAAGUGUUCAACGAGAAUUACGGUCAAGUCGAUCGCAAACUAUUGCGGUGUUACGGUUAAGAUAAUUUUCUGAAGUAAUAUUAACUAUCAGUGCGCGGAUAUUGAUUAAUAAACGCGAAUAAAAUAGCCAUUUUACACGUAUACAAAAGUCGCUCUCGGAAGAAUCGGCUGGAUGUGCCACUGUGAGUAUUCACGAGUUGUCGUUAACACGCGUCGAGAACGAAAUUAUAACUCGAA